UCUGUUCAAAGCUUCAGAAUUGAAGCAAUUCAAACUCACAUGCUUCUGCCAUUGCACAUUGCACCCCUCAGCCAAAUGUCUCGUCAUUCGUCGGCCGAAUGACUUUUAUAGAGCCAAACAUAAGUGCACUAGGCUAAGUUGAAAACUUGCCCAGUUCAUUAGCCGACUAAGAUCUAAAUACGAGUUAACCUGCUAAUAACUGGCCGACGAUGCUAGUAUGCAAUGUGCGUAAAACUUAUAAAUCAACUACAUAAUCAGAUACAUCCUUAAGAGUCCUGUAACAUUAUUCGUUUCUGUGUUUCUUCUUUUUUUUUUCUUUUUUACAAUGCAAAACUGCUUUAUUAAAUUCACCAUCAUUAAACCUUCAAAUUAUUCAUCGCAUGGCUCUGAACGCGCACAUCGUAAAGAGGAACUGUGCUUCUCUGUUAGAUGGGAUCUCCUCGAUCAACCGUCGCACCGAUCCAGAAACAGUAAACGAGAUCAUUACAGCGUCAGAUUCCGCCUGAUACUGUUAACUUAUAAAACCAUAUCACUAUUUGCAUCUUAAUUCUUAAACCACACAAUAUUUAGAUCUUCCAUCUCAAACUCAACUAAAUUAGGCACUCCCCCAACCCGCCCCUUCCGCUCUCUAACCUUCCAUUUUAAUCCCAAUUUUCCCCCUAGUUAAGCCCUGUAUAUUUAUAUAUAAUCCCUCUCGUAAGCAUUUCUUGUGACCUCCCUUCAAUGGCUUCGCCAAAGGUGCCCCUCCUCCUCCUCCUCCUCGUCCUCUGUUCUUCUUCCUUCCUAUCAUUCCUUCCCUCCGCUGUCGUCGUGGGUCAGGAGACUCGCGACGGCGGCGACGACGAAUUGAAGAGAUACCUUGUGCUCGUGCGGCGCCCCGAGGGCGUAGCGCAGCUGGAGGAGGCAGGGCUCAAUGAAGGCGAAGCCGACCCAGCCGGCUGGUACAGUUCUCUAUUGUCAUCCGUCGUUCCCAUCGUCGGGUUGUCGUCGGUCGAUGACAACAACAAUGACGCGCCAGGUUUGCAUCCCCGGCUUAUCUACUCCUUCCAAGAGAUCACCACCGGCUUCGGCGCGAGCCUCACGGAGAAGGAAUUGGAGGCAAUGAAAACCAAGGAAUGGUUCCUAACUGCCAUUCCGGAUCGGAUGUACCAGCUCAUGACCACCCACACUCCGCAGUUCCUGGGCCUCCGCCGCCGCAACCGCGGCGUGUGGAACACGUCAAACAUGGGGGAGGGCGUGAUCAUCGCGGUCCUCGACUCCGGCAUUGCUCCCGACCACCCUUCGUUCGACGAUACGGGGAUGCCGCCGCCGCCCGCGCGGUGGAAGGGCCGGUGCGACUUCAAGAACGGCUCUGCCACCUGCAACAACAAGAUCAUCGGCGCGCGCUCGUUCAUUGACUCCAAGAAUAAGCUGCAGAGCAGGGACGCGCCGUUCGACAUUGACGGGCACGGCACCCACACGGCGAGCACUGCCGGGGGCAAUUUCGUGAGGCACGCCAACGUGUUCGGCCAGGCACGGGGAAUUGCGGCCGGUGUGGCGCCGCGCGCGCAUGUAGCAAUAUAUAAGGUGUGUGAGGAUGACCUGUGCGGUGGGCUGGAUAUAGCUUGUGGAAUGGAAGCCGCGCUCUGUGACGGGGCCGACAUUCUUUCACUCUCCCUUGGCGGCCAGUCGUUGCCUUUCUGGGACGACCUGACCGCGGUAGGUGCCUACGGCGCCAUCCAGAAGGGUGUCUUCGUCAGCUGCUCUGGCGGUAACUCUGGGCCUGACCCGAAAAAGCUCUCGAAUGAGGCGCCGUGGAUACUGACGGUGGCGGCGAGCACCAUGGACCGGCAGAUAACGUCGACCGUGAAGCUCGGCAAUGGAAUUGAGUUUGACGGCGAGACGCUGAACCAGCCGCGCGACUUUGGGCAGCCGAUGCUCCCUCUAGUCUUUGCCGGCGCCAUCGGCGGGAGCACGAAUGCGACGUCGCAGUGUCUGAACGGCACGUUGGACGGGGUCGACAUCCGCGGGAAGAUCGUGCUGUGCGAGCGCGGCGGCAGUGGGCGCACCGACAAGGGCAAUGUCGUGCUCGCUGCGGGUGGCGCCGGCAUGAUCCUCAUGAACGGCCCCAACGACGGGUACAGCACCCUGGCCGACCCCCAUGUCCUCCCAGCCUCGCACAUCAGCUACGCCGACGGCAACAAGAUAAAGGAAUACAUAAACUCCACCGCGAGCCCGACGGCAACGUUCCUCUUCAAAGGAACGCGCAUGCGCACGCCGCGGUCUCCGGCGAUCACUUCGUUCUCCUCGCGGGGCCCGAACAAGCAGAGCCCCGGAAUUUUAAAGCCCGACAUCACCGGCCCGGGCGUGAGUGUCCUCGCUGCAUGGCCGGUCCCGCCUGUGAAAACCCUGACCACCAGGUUCAACAUGAUCUCCGGCACGUCGAUGUCGGCCCCACACCUUAGCGGCGUUGCCGCACUGAUAAAGAGCGCUCACCCGAACUGGUCGCCUGCGGCGAUCAAAUCGGCCAUGAUGACCACCGCUUACGUGACGGACCGCCGCGGUAAUCCGAUCUUGGACGAGCGGCGCCUUCCAGCGGACUACUUUGCGCUCGGCUCCGGACACAUCGACCCGCAAAAAGCCUUAAACCCAGGACUUGUUUACGACAUUGCGCCGGAGGACUACAUCUCUUAUCUCUGCGGCUUGGGCUACUCCGACAUUCAAUUGACGUCAGUCGUAGCGCCACAGAGCCACGCGAGCUGCGCAGGGGUGAAGAACAUCACAGAAGGGGAGCUCAACUACCCGUCGAUAACGGUGACGCUUGCGGCGACGCCGCCGAGAUCGGUGAGGUACAUUCGGACUGUGACGAACGUCGGGGAGGUGCCCGCAACGUAUCGGCCAGAGAUCGAGGUGCCGGAGGGAGUGUCGGUGCGCGUGAAGCCGCUGAUGCUGCAGUUUAGUAAGGUGAACCAGAAGAAGAGGUUCAGGAUCAUCUUCAGAAGAACCGGUGGGGUUUCCGGCGUGGUUCAGGGGCAGUUGAAGUGGGUCUCGGACAAACACGUUGUUAGGAGCCCAAUCUCCAUUUACUUGGUGUAAAAUUAAUUACUUAAUUAAUUAUGGGCACUUAUACAAUGUUUUUCUUUA